UUAGCGCGGAAAGUUUUCAAUGGUUUCAAAUAAACAUUAAAUGACAAUUAAAUGGCGGUUCUUUUAAUUUGUAGGUGUUAACAAUUAUCGCGGAAAAUUUGCAAUGGUUUCAAAUAAACAAGAAACCAUUUGUGAUAAAUCAAUAAUUUUCACUAUUUGAGUAAUACGUGCCACUGCGGAGUUUAGUAUUUAAAGAUGUACACAUGAUUAUAGUAUCCAAUAAUUUUAAAUUGAUAAUUCGAGUAACACCAUGCCUGCGCCUCCUUGUUUGUUUUGUCUACGACGGGUGUACCAAAACUCCAGAGCGGUGACAUGUGACAACUGUUCACGGUGGCAUCACAUAAAAUGUGGUAACACAUGGAUCACAGAUGAGCAAUACGACGUCGCUGUUGCCGAAAAUCGGGAUCUACAAUUUGUGUGUAUGCGCUGUCGGCACAACAACACCGAUGAGAAUGGUGAUCUGAUGGACGAGAUAGUCAACUCGAUACCGGAUUCGACAAACACCACCAUGGAAUCAACGGCAACGUCAGCCAUGUCACUCCUUGAAGAGGAAAUGGAAGUUGACCACGCGUUCGACAUCACAGCGAGGAAAGCCGAAGCUUGCGUCAUCCGACGGAUAUUCGUAUGUGGUAAAGAGAGAACUAAAAUCUGGUGACAUAG